AUGUAUUAUGCGAAUCGAGGGGCGGCACAAGGCUGCACAGGAUGUGCGCUGGCCAUCAAUCUCGUCCGAACUUAUGUGACCAGUUACGAGACAGAACGCGAUAUCGACGUCAUCAUUCAGGGUACUCCCGACAAUUUGAGGAUAUGGAAUAGGAGAUACUCGCCAUCAUUCUCAUUUGUCCUUGUACUCUACACUGUAGAGGAAAGUAAAGUUCAAGAGGGUGUGACGAGGGUGCAGCAGUGGUACGCUCAGUCUGCUCAGCAUGAGACCUGCCGCGACGAGAGAAAGUACCCACUUCCUUCAAGGCUGUUGGAUCUAGAACCUGAAGGCUCUCUUGGAAUCUCGGCAAAGCUGAUCGAGACGAAGCAACUUCACUCCCCUAAGUACGCCUGCCUUAGCUAUUGCUGGGGAGGCGUCGAACCAGACUGCAUGACGACCGACGCGACCUACGAUGAAAACCAACGCGGAAUACCAACCCCCAAGACCCCAAGGCUGUUUUUGGAGGCCAUGGAGUUCACGCGCAGGAUGGGCAUACGCUAUCUGUGGAUAGACAGCCUCUGCAUCAUCCAGGGCAACUCGAUGGAUUGGAAACAGGAAGCCGGAUGCAUGGCGAACAUCUACGCGGGCUCCGCACUUACCAUCGCGGCCGCCGUAUCAACUGAUUGCAAUCAAGGCCUGUACACGAGUCGUCCCGAGGAGUUCCGCCCACGGGAGUUAGCUCCUUUGAUUCGACACAAGGGACAGAAGAAGACAGUGCAUGUGCGGCUACAGCAGCAUAGCCAUCAACCCCAUCUGAUACUCUCGAACGGGCCGCUGAUGUCGCGUGCCUGGGCAUUCCAAGAGCGCUUACUGUCGGCCCGCACCAUCUACUUCUACGACGGCGGCGAGUUUAUCUGGGAGUGCCGGAAUGGCUGGCUGUGCCUCUGCCAACCACACGACCUCCAUUUCGGAUACAACGAGUCGCAGAAAGAUUGCUGGCAGAAGCAGAUAACACCUGGCUCCCACAGAGAGGAAGAACAGUGGGCAAGCGUAGGGGGGGGCACGGUACGGCGGUAUACAAGCAUGAAGAUGUCCGACCCUAUGGAUAAACUGCCCGCGUUUGCGGGCAUUGCUCACUACUUCGAGACUCGGCAAGGCCGGACCGAUACUUACGUCGCUGGAAUCUGGCAGGACAUGCCGUACGCUCUGCUCUGGUGGUGCCCAGGUGAUCAGAGCGAGUGUGACGGCGAGCAGAGGCUGAACCACUGGCGUGCACCCACAUGGUCUUGGGCUUGCCUUGACUGCGAAAUCGAGUGCUUUUGGUGUCGGCCUACUAAGAAGGAUGUGAUCCUUUCAAUUAUAGAACGGUUCGAAUAUGUGGCCGAUGGACCUGAUUCGUUCGGCAGGCUGCACUCGGCGAGCAUGUUGCUGAGGGGGCCUGCAUUCAGCGAUACGGUCACAUACAGCACGGGCUCCAAGACGGACUGGGUAACAUUUCGCCUCGCAAGUCUGGAGCCUGAAUGGCAUCGUUCAGCAUACCCAGACUUUGACGUAGUGAAGAGCAACGAGACGGUCCAGGUCGGUGUUCAAUGUGUCGUCAUCAUGAUGUUGGAAUUUCGAGGUGCGGUAGGCUUGCUGCUCAUGCCCAGCAAGCGUGUGCCAGGUGCCUUUGAAAGAGUCGGAGUGUUUAAUUGCCCGCAGAGUCAUAUCGAGGAACAGGGCUGCAGUGAAAUGUGUUUCACGGUUGUCUGA